UCCGUCCCUUACUUAACCUGCCUCCGUCCUCAUCUCCAGCUGAAGCACAAAAGAAGAAUCUCCGUUAGGGUUCGCCUUUUCCGAUCAGCGAAAUCAUGGGUGGAGGCAACGGCCAGAAGUCCAAGAUGGCUCGCGAGAGGAACCUGGAAAAGAAUAAAGGCGCUAAAGGAAGCCAGCUGGAUUCCAACAAAAAGGCCAUGAAUAUCCAGUGCAAGGUAUGCAUGCAAACAUUUAUGUGCACAACAUCAGAGGUGAAGUGCAGAGAGCACGCCGAAGCAAAGCAUCCCAAGUCUGACGUGGGUACAUGUUUUCCUCAUCUCAAGAAAUGAACAAUUUGUAGGUCAUAAAAACUCCUUUAAAGAAAGCUGGUAGAUUGCCAGCGCUCUCUCCCCCCUGUCAGCCCAAGCAAGUUGCUGUUUGUGUGUAUUGUGUACUUGUUUGUGUGAGACUUUGGAAAUUGUUUUGAGUCGAUAAUAUACUUUGAACCUUGUGUGUUGUUGCUCAUUGCUCAUCAA